UGUCAGGAGCAGAUUCAUAUCACAUUUCUGAUUGUUUUCAAUAUCAGUUCUCAGAAUUGUGGAGUGUUAUAUGAAACUGCUGGAGAACAUGUUUGCAGUGAUGUUGUGUUUGUGCUGGUGGAGUCUGCUGGGUGUGUUUUGUGAGUCUGUGUCAGUGACUGAAGGAGAUUCUGUGUCUCUGUCUGUGAGUCUCACUGAACAUCAGAAGAAGGGGAUCACAUGGAAGUUUGGAGCUGCAGAAGUAGCUCAACUCAGUUCUGGCAGUAUGAUCUUACCUGAUGAUCGACGACCUGAUGGGAGAUUUAAACACAGACUCGAGCUUCACAAGACUGGAUCUCUCACCAUCAAGAACAUCAGAAGCUCAGACGCUGGAUCUUAUCAAGUGACUGAAACCAGCAGUGAUCAACAACUCCAUAUAUUCUAUAUAACUGUCUAUGCUCGUCUGCCUGUUCCUGUCAUCUCCAGAGUCUCUUCACAAUGUUCUUCAUCAUCAGAUUGUGUUGUAUUGUGUUCAGUGAUGAAUGUGACACAUGUGAGUCUCUCCUGGUACAAAGGAAAGAGUUUAUUGUACAGCAUCAGUGUGUCUGAUCUCAACAUCAGACUCUCUCUACCUCUGGAGUGUCUGGAUGAUUCUUACAGCUACAGUUGUGUGCUGAACAAUUCCAUCACAAACCACACACAACAUCUCAACACUGAUGUCUGUCACAAGUGUUCAGAUCCUGUCUCAGAAUCCUUCUGCUGCUGUGGUUUUACUGAAGCUGUGAUCCGAUUGGUCGUCUCUGCUCUGGUGGGCGUGGCUACUGUUGCUGUUCUGGUUUAUGACGUCAGAUCCAGAAGAGAUGAACAGAAGAAGAAGAGAUCAGACAUUCAGUUAAAUGAUCAAUGAAUGAAUCUGUAAUUCUGUUAUCAGGAUGAUGAGGAGAUUUUCUGCAGUGAAGCACUUUACAAUCCA